AUGGAAGCGAACAACACAGCUCCUGCUAAGGCUGUUGCCAUCCAGAAGCCAGAGGUGACUGAAGAACAGUCCUCUGGCGACGAGGAAAUAUUGAUGGGUGGCGAGAGUCCGAAGACCGAGAUCAAGAUCCCAGAUCUCGAUCACAAGCAAACGGCAAAGAAAACGGGUCCACAAGCUACUCCUCGAGUUCUACGUUUAAUCAAGACCAGCCACAAGUAUUUGAAGCAGCUGGAGGAGUCAAACGUAGCUCUCGAGGAACUAAAGCAGCAGAUCACAAAGCAGGCGGAGGAACUACAACAGAAGAAUGAGUUCAUAACAUUACUCAAGACCAAGCUCGACUACAAAGAUGAAGAGAUCUCUGAUCUCAGAUCUCGAGUUGAUCAGUUGGGAAGGCAGUCUGAUAUGUGGCACGAACGCUUCAUUACUGCAAACUCAUCAUACAAAGAAAGAAGCCACUUGUUGACUACUGUAAUUAAAUACUUAUCUUUAUAA